AUGACAGCAACAACAUCCCUCUCCGAAACAAUGACCGAUGAUAGCAAUGAAUCAUUCUCGACUCUCAAAAAACCACAACUCGUGUUUAUGUUUGAUUUUGAUCAUACUCUUGUUGAUGAGAAUACAGAUACCUUUAUCUAUGAGGGUUUGAUGCCCGAGUUACAUUCCUUUAUGAAGGAAUUACGACAUUCGGGUGUUUCAUGGACUGAAACUAUGAGAAGAAUAUUUGAAAAACUAUUAACUCGUUUCCGAAUUGAACAAUUGACUGAGAGAAUGGAACAAUGUCCGAUGAGUGAGAAGACUAUGGAGUGUUUGAAAGAAAUCAAAAAGCACGGAUGCGAGGUGAAUAUUAUUUCCGAUUCGAACGAAUAUUUUAUUGGUACGAUAUUAAGGAAGCAGGGAGUUGAGGAUUGUGUGACUCAUAUUCAUACGAAUACGAUUAAAAUGGACAACGAAAAGAAUACUAUUGAUAUUACUGAAUAUUCAAUUGCAUAUGGAAAGCCUCACGACUGUAAGACCUGUCCUGCGAAUAUGUGUAAAGGAGAAAUUGUACUUGAAAUUGUGAAUCACCAUUUAGGUCCAUCCAGCGAACACAACGAAAAUGUCAUAUUUAUUUAUUGCGGAGACGGAAAGAAUGAUUUUUGUCCUCUUAAACAUUUGAGAGAUUGUGACACUGUACUUGUGAGAAAGGGUUUCAGCUUGGAGAAACUUGUUACGACCAACGGUUCAGAUUUGAUAUGUAACAUUGAAUAUUGGCAAGAUUAUGGAGAGUUGUAUCAAUCGAUCAUGACAAAAUUGAAAGUUCUUGAAGAAAAGAUGAACAACAACUAA